UUCUCUGUCGUCUAGAGAAGAAAUGGCGCAGCAAAUGUUUCAGCUGGACGGAGAAAAACUGAGCUGUUCAAUCUGUUUGGAUCUUCUGAAGGGUCCGGUGACUAUUCCUUGUGGGCACAGUUAUUGCAUGAGCUGUAUUAAAGACUACUGGGAUGGGGAAGAUCAGAAGAGAAUCUACAGCUGCCCUCAGUGCAGGCAGAUCUUCACACCGAGGCCUGUCCUGAUGAAAAACAUCAUGUUUGCAGAGUUAGUGGAGGAAGUAAAGAAAGUGGGACUCACAACUUCUUCACCUGAUCGAUGCUAUGCGGGACCUGGAGAUGUGGCCUGUGAUUUCUGCACUGAGAGAAAGCUGAAAGCUGUCAAGUCCUGUCUGGUGUGUAUGGUCUCUUACUGUGAGCAACACCUCCAGCCUCACUACAAUAUAGUACCGUUGAAGAAACACAAGCUGGUUGAAGCCACUUCAGAGCUUCAGGAGAACAUCUGCUCUCGCCAUGACGAGGUGAUGAAGAUUUUUUGCCGCACUGAUCAACAGUGUAUCUGUAUACUUUGCUCCAUGGAGGAACACAAAGGCCACGAUACAGUCUCAGCUGCAGCAGAAAGAGCUGAAAGGCAGACACAGCUGGGAGCAACUCAGCAAAAAAUCCAACAGAGAAUCCAGGACCGAGAGAACGACGUGAAAGUGCUUCAACAAGAGGUGGUGGCUAUCAAUCUUUCUGCUGAUAAGACUGUGACUGACAGUGAGAAAAUCUUCAAGGACUUGAUCUAUCUCAUUGAGAAAAGAAGCUCAGAAGUGAAGCAGCAGAUCAAAUCUCAGCAGAAAACUGAAGUAAGUCGAGUUAAAGAGCUUGAGGAAAAAAUGCAGCAGGAGAUAAGUGAGCUGAGGAGGAAACAUGCUGAGAUGGACCAGCUCUCACACACAGAAGAUCACCUCCAUUUUCUGAACUACCCCUCGCUCUCUCAAGUGAGUGAAUCUACAGAUUUACCCAGCAUCAAUAUCUGUCCUCUCCGGUACUUUGAAGAUGUGACUACAGCUGUAUCAGAGGCCAGAGAUAAACUGCAGGCUGUUCUGAGUGAAGGAUGGCCAAAAAUCUCACAGACAAUGACUGAAGUAGAUGUUUUACUGGCACGAGACGAGCCCAUGACCAGAGCUGAGUUCUUGAAAUAUUCACAUCAAAUCACACUGGAUCCUAAUACAGCAAACAUAUACUUGUCGCUGUGUGAGAGCAACAGAAAAGCAACAAUAAUGACAAUAAAACAGAUUUAUUCAGCUCACCCAGACCGAUUCUUAGAGAGGUGGCAGGUCCUUAGUAGAGAAGGUUUAACAGGACGUUGUUACUGGGAGGUGGAGUGGAGUGGGGUGGUUAUUAUAGCAGUCGCAUACAAGGAUAUUAGCCGAACAGGGACCAGGGAUGAAUGUGGAUUUGGACACAAUGAAAAGUCAUGGUCAUUAGAAUGUGACAGCACAGGUUAUAAAUUCAGACAUAACAAUAUCUGUACUCCCAUCUCAGGCCCUCUGUCCUCCAGAGUCGGGGUGUACCUCAAUCACCGGGCAGGUACUCUGUCUUUCUACAGUGUUUCUGAAACCAUGACUCUUCUCCACAGAGUCCAGGCCAGGUUCACUCAGCCUCUCUAUCCCGGACUUUGGUUUCAAAAUUCUAGUGGAGGCACUGCUGAGUUGUGUGAGCUGAAGUAUAAAUGAAUUAUCACACUAUGAGAUUUUGG